UAACAACACACGCACACAACCCGGAACCAUCCUCUCCACCCUGUGCAGCAGGAAUAGUCUUCCCCAUCCCCCGCGGAGCUGUCGGAACUCGGCUGGGCCUGUCCCUGGGACAAGGUUCCCGAGGCUGAGGGUAGUGCUGUGUACCAGGAGAGGAGAGUCGGGCCGCUCUAUGCCUCCUCCUCUCCAGCGGGCUGUGGCCUUUGGACUCUCGCUGUCUCUGUGUCCCUGAGCCUUGGGCACUGUGGUCGAUGGAUUGACGGACGGGCCUGAGGAAUAUGGAUAAGAAAGGAUCCGUGUCCUGGAAGAAGAUGACAGCCAAAGGACAGAAGCAAGGCUCAAAGAGCAAAGAGGAUGCACCUCAUGAGUUAGAGAGUCAGUACAUUUUGAGGCUGCCAUCAGAACACGCAGCCACCGUGCGGAGAGCUGUACAAUCUGGAAAUAUUAACCUCCGGGACAGACUGACCAUUGAACUACACCCGGAUGGCCGGCAUGGCAUUGUGCGAGUGGACAAGCAGCCCUUGGCUGCCAAGUUAGUUGAUCUGCCAUGUAUCAUUGAAUCCCUCAAGACCAUUGAUAAGAAGACGUUCUACAAAACUGCUGACCUGUGUCAGAUGUUGGUGUGUUCCACUGAUGGGGAGCUGUACCCUCCACAGGAGGAACCUGUACCUGCUGAUCCUAAAAACAAAAAGAAGGACAAGGACAAGGAGAAGAAAUUCCUGUGGAACCACAGCAUCACAUGCCCCCUGAAGAAUGUCCGGAAAAGACGAUUCAGGAAAACUGCAAAGAAGAAGUACAUUGAGUCUCCAGAUGUCGAAAAGGAAGUGAAGAGGCUGCUGAGCACAGAUGCUGAGGCUGUCAGUGUCCGGUGGGAGGUUAUAGCGGAGGAUGAAACAAAGGAAGUGGAGAACCAGGGCUCACUGCCAAACCUCGACAGCUCGUCACCAGGAUCAUCUGGACACAAGCCAGGCCACACCUCAGCAGUGGAGAGAGAUGAACUGCGUGAGAUCUUCAAUGACAUCAGCAGCAGCAGCGAGGAGGAUGAAGAUGAAGGUGAUCGCCAUGAUGACGAGAACCUGAACAUCAUGGACUCGGAGGAUGACCUGGCCCGACGCUUGCAACAGAAACUGGAAGAAACUGAUGCCCAAAUGCAGCCAAAGCAAGAAUCCAACCAAAUGGUGGUGCAAUUCCAGUAUGAGAUUGAAAAACUGAGAGAGACAUUGCAGAAAACCCAGGAGAAGAGGAAACGACAGGAGGACCUUAUUAUGAAGGUUGAGAAUUUGGCAUUGAAGAAUCGUCUGCAGGCUGUGGUCGAUGAGAUCAAACAACAGGAGGAGAAGGAGAAACUACAGUUGGCUUCUUUACAGACACAGCUUGACAACCUGCUGAAUAAAUGAAGGACUGUUCACAAAAUCUUUUCACCGGGACAGUGCCACGUUGUGUGGGCUGCAAGCAACUUGCUUGACUAGACGUGCCCAUGAUCAGAAUCAGUGUUGCAAACCAUGUGUGGCUUGUACAUAAAUGUGAAUGUAAACCUCAAUAAAUGUACUAUUAGUAAUUUUUAA